GUCUCCCUUGCCGUGCCCGCACGACGCGGUGCGCGGCUCGCUGGUAGCGGGAGGGCUGGCUGUGUUACCUCUGGCGCGGUGCGGCGCUGCCUGUGCCGAGCUGCAAGCGAGCGGCGUACGCCUCUUCCCCACCCUCUGCCCCACCGCCCUGCGGUGUGAAUCGCUAGCAGGCGGCUUUCCCUGGCAGUGCUGAGAGGUGCCCGGGUAAUCCUUCUGUUUCAUUGCAGGCCACGUUCCCCGGAUCGGUUUGGUUGAUUCUAGCUUGGAAAUGCGUAAAGCUUUCCGUGCGUGGAGGGAACUGUGGUUUUUCUUGUGGGAAUUCUUUUCUGGUAACUUUCUGAUUUGAAUUCCCUGCAUAUAUUAUAGAGCAUCUUUUUCCCUUUUCUUCAAAAUGCGAUUACUCAAGGAGACUAAACUAAAAGCUUUAUAAAUAGAGUGGAAAAGAAUGUUGUUUGCCAAAUGUCAAGGCUAACCAGGGGCGGAUCUGAGCUGGCCAUGAGAGGAGCCCUGUGGGCAGUGACCUGUUGAAUGCUGCGAGCUGGAUGGAGCCUUCCAGCUGCCCUGAGCAGGGCGCUGCGCCCCGGCCACCAUUGUUUCUGUGGACGUGGUCAAAAUGUGUAAACAUGGAAUGGUUUCCAGGUUGGAACAGGUUGAGCUUUGUGAGGCUUCAUCUCAGUCUGCUGGAGCUGAACGCUGCUGCUAGGGAGAUACAGACCACUGGAGAAGACAGAAAAACAAGAACAGAAACUGGAGACUUUCACAGUGACAGUAUUCUCGUAAGAAGAGAGAUGGCAGAAAUCAGUUCUCCAGUAAAUAUCAAGGAGAAGAUCAAUGCAAUCCGAUCAGUUGUUCCAAACAAAAGCAAUAACGAAAUAGUUCUGGUGCUGCAACAGUUUGAUAACAAUGUAGACAAGGCUGUCCAGGCUUUCAUAGAUGGUAGUGCAACUCAGGUUCUGAAAGAAUGGAAUAUGACAGGGAAAAAGAAGAAUAAUAGGAGAAAAAGAAGCAAAUCUAAACAGCACCAAGGCAGCAAGGAUGCUAAAAAUAAGAGUGAUGGGCCUGAGAAGGCACCUCAAGAGCCCCAGAGACUACCUGUCUGCCAUCUGAAUGGAUGCUCUAAGGACAACCGUUGUGGUGAUUCUGCCAAUGAGAAACUGGAAGCCACUUCUCUGGAGAACAAAAGCUCACGAUUUGUAGCAUCAGCACCAGGCUGUCCAGAAACCACAGGCAAAGAACGUGAGCGUCAGAGAGUGUCUGUGGAGUUAAACCCAAAGACUGUGAAUGGAGUAGAACAGCAUGAGCCUCUUCAGUCACCAGUUCAAUUGCAGGGUAACCUAGGCAGGCCAAAGUCAAAAUCUUCCUCAGUUAAAUCAUCCAAUGCUACAAGCCAACUUGAAACAAAACCAGAUGAUUCAGUGAAAAAAAGAGGGCCAAACAUUGAAAAAUCAGUAAAAGACUUACAGCGUUGCACCGUUUCUCUAACUAGAUAUCGUAUGAUGAUCAAAGAGGAAGUAGAUAAUUCAGUGAAGAAGAUCAAAGCUGCUUUUGCAGAAUUACACAGCUGCAUCAUAGACAAAGAAGUGUCAUUAAUGGCAGAAAUUGACAAAGUUAAAGAAGAAGCCAUGGAAAUCCUGACUGCUCGGCAGAAGAAAGCUGAAGAGCUGAAGAGGCUGACAGACCUAGCCAGUCAAAUGGCUGAAGCACAACUGUCUGAACUCAGGGCUGAAAUUAAGCACUUUGUGAGUGAACGGAAAUAUGAUGAAGAGUUGGGCAGGUCUGCCCGAUUUUCCUGUGACACAGAACAGCUGAAGACCCAAAUUCAGCUCUGUGGAGAGAUUUCUCACCCAAAGAACAAUUAUUCCUCAAGAACACCAUGUAGUUCGGUGCUGUCUUCAUUGACCUCACAUGCAACAACUGGCAAACAAAAUACACACACUCGGAAGUCCUCUAGUAAUGCCAAGAACUCUGAUAAUAAAACAGCCAGCACUAGUAGAGUACAAAGUCAUCAUUCUUCCAAUCCUACAGAAUCUUCUCCCCAGGGAAUUCCAACAAAUAAGCAGAGUGGGCCUUCUAGUCAAAGACGAAGAUUCAACCCACAGCACCAAAACGUCCGUCUCAAUGGAUCUCUUAAGCCACAAGGUGCCACUAAUGAGGCAGAUCAAAAUAAUGUAAGGAGUGGCUCCAGGUCUGAACACAGAAGACAGCAGCACAACAAUUUCAGACCUAAAAAUAAAGGAGCUAUGAAAAAUCAGGAGCAGUCUGCAACUGCAAGGACCACAGAGAAUGUGACACAUCCAGAAAAGAACCGACGGAAGCAUCAUGCAGCAGACACCACAGAUCACAGGCCUUUCCGAGGCGGUGUUGGCAGGGUGUCGCAAUGCAAUUUGUGCCCUGCAAGGAUGGAGGUCUCUGCUGAUACCACUGUUCUUUCAGUGCCAGCUGUGACUUUGGUGGCUUAAAAUCUCACAGUGAAGGCAGGCAGAAAAAUAUUCUCAUUUUAGCUUCUUCCUCAAGAUGCUUGUUGGUGAAGGAAAUAAAUCAGAACACAGUCAUUUUAAA